GAAUACUCGAUCUUGAACACCCCGACAGGUAUAUGAAGGAUUGACCCUUCUGCUCGUGCUUUUCUCGCCAGCUACAGUUGAUAUUGAACUCGUGAUGUUUGUCAUGAAAUCGCAGGAUAUCCGAGUCCGAUGUAGUCACGCUGGAGUCCUAAUUUUGCAGUCCUGGGUAACUUUUACAUGAGUCAAGAUCUUCUCUGUUAAGUGUCUUCUGAUAGUUCUUGCUCACUCACGGCAUAAACGCGGGGAAUUUCUCCAUGGACCAUAUGGACUGCUGGGAUCACAAUGGCUGACCGAAGUCCGGACGACACAUCAUCACGCUGUUCCGCCGGAAUGUAGAACCGAAUAGAUAUUUGCAUGCUGCUUUAUGCUUGACUAGCAGCGCUCUUCCCGCUCUGAGCCCUCAACAUGGUUGUUAGCUUGACAAAACUAGCUGUCUCAGUUUUCUUGUUUUUGCUUGCAGUCAAUGCCAGACAAAUGAAUAAGGCCCACCUUCGAGCAAGGCAAGCUGAGGCAGCGAAACGUUGGGCACUUCCACCUACUCUGGAGAAACGUGCCGAGCUUAAGAACAUUACAUUCCAUAAUCCUCGGGCAUCAGAAUUCUGGGUGAAUGGGACUGCCAUUCCUGAAGUUGACUUUGACAUUGGCCCGAGUUGGUCCGGACUGCUGCCCAUCAGUAGCGCACAGAAUGAGACGCGAAAGCUUUUCUUCUGGUUCUUCCCUCCAGGUCCUCAGGGAAGUCUGGACGAUCUGAUUUUCUGGACGAAUGGAGGUCCCGGAUGUUCUUCGUUAGAGGGAUUGUUGCAGGAAAAUGGUCCGUUCAGCUGGUCAUGGGGUCAGGCGAAACCAACUCCCAACGAGUUCAGUUGGACGAACCUUUCUAGUAUCCUCUUUGUUGAGCAACCAGUCGGUACUGGAUUUUCGCAAGGAACGCCUACUGCUAGGGACGAGAACGAUGUUGCUGCUCAACUUGUCGGUUUCUUCCAACAGUUCCUGGAAGUUUUCUCCGAACUCAAAGGCAAGAACUUCUGGCUAACCGGAGAAAGCUAUGCCGGCACCUAUGUCCCGUACAUCGCCAACUUCAUUUAUGAGAAUCCAGACCAACUGGACCUCAAUUUGAAGGGUUUCUGGAUUUCGGAUCCUUCGCUCUCGUUCGACGUUGUUCAAGAGCAGAUUCCAGCAGUCAAUUUCGUUCACAGAUUCGAGAACGUUUUCUCAUUCAACCAAUCAUUCCUGGCACACCUGGAUGCUCAGAACGAGGCGUGCGGCUAUGCAAAUUAUUCUGACAUCCAUGUUACAUUUCCGCCCAAAGGUUUGCUUCCUUUACCUGGGAACUCUCGCAAUGGCCCUCGGGGGUGUGAUCUUUGGGACGAGAUUUUCGACGCCGCUUUCCUUGUUAACCCUGCUUUCAACAUCUAUCGUAUCUUCGAUACUUUCCCUAUUCUGUGGGACGUCCUUGGUUUCCCUGGUUCUUUCGAGCAAAUUCAACUCUCGCCUAUCUAUUUCGACCGAGAAGAUGUGAAGAAUGCCAUUCACGCUCCUGCCAGUGUCAAGUGGGCAGAAUGCUCUGAAAGAAACGUGUUCCCGCGUGGCGACGGGAGCUUACCUCCUGCGUUCACCGUAUUGCCGAGUGUGAUCGAAAAGAGUGAAAGAGUUGUGAUUGUUCAUGGAUUAGCUGACUUCAUCUUGAUUGCGGAAGGAACGAGGGUUGUCAUCCAAAAUAUGACCUGGAAUGGCCAGCAAGGAUUCCAGACGCCCAUUGAACCAGACAGUUUCAUCGUUGACGGUGUUGGUGCCCUAGGCACGACCCACACAGAGCGUGGCUUGACAUACUUCGAGGUCGAGCUUAGUGGGCACAUGAUCCCUCAAUUCUCUCCGAAGGUGAGUUAGAAGGCUGCCUUCCAAAUUAUGCAGUUCCUUAUGGGCUUUAGAGAGAACCCUUGAGGUGAUAGAUGACUUAUACAAAUGAUGUACCUGUCAUGAUUACUACGCAUGGCUUCUCAGACUACUGUAAUACAAUCGGCAGUUGAGUCUUU